AUUUUCUCCUUUCAUUCUGUACCGAUCAAUACUUUAUUGCCUGCUCUUUCAUGAUGAAGGCCUUGGAGGAUCAAGUAGUCCAAGAAGAACCAGGAUACCAAGAUGAUGAGGAAUCCUUUUUUCAGGAUAUUGAUUUGCUACAAAAGCAUGGAAUUAAUGUAGCUGAUAUUAAAAAAUUGAAGUCAGUAGGGAUCUGCACUAUCAAAGGAAUCCAGAUGACAACAAGACGGGCACUGUGCAAUGUGAAAGGGCUUUCAGAAGCCAAAGUGGACAAGAUUAAAGAAGCGGCAAACAAGCUUAUCGAACCAGGCUUCCUGACUGCCUUUGAGUACAGUGAAAAACGGAAGAUGGUAUUUCAUAUUACUACUGGCAGCCAGGAAUUUGAUAAACUGCUAGGUGGUGGGAUUGAAAGCAUGGCAAUCACCGAGGCCUUUGGAGAGUUCAGGACAGGAAAAACUCAGCUGUCUCACACCCUUUGUGUGACAGCUCAGCUUCCAGGAUCAGAUGGCUACACAGGUGGGAAGAUUAUCUUCAUUGAUACUGAAAACACUUUCCGACCGGACCGUCUUCGUGACAUUGCUGAUCGCUUCAGUGUUGACCAUGAUGCAGUACUUGACAACGUGCUGUAUGCACGUGCAUAUACCAGUGAGCAUCAGAUGGAGUUGCUUGACUAUGUAGCAGCCAAGUUCCAUGAGGAAGCUGGUAUCUUCAAGCUGUUGAUCAUUGACUCCAUUAUGGCACUAUUCCGUGUGGAUUUCAGUGGUCGUGGAGAGUUGGCUGAACGGCAACAGAAACUUGCUCAGAUGCUCUCAAGGCUCCAGAAAAUAUCAGAAGAAUAUAAUGUGGCUGUCUUUGUGACUAAUCAGAUGACUGCUGAUCCAGGAGCAACUAUGACCUUUCAGGCAGACCCAAAAAAGCCCAUUGGGGGCCACAUCCUUGCGCAUGCUUCAACUACCAGGAUCAGUUUGAGGAAAGGGAGAGGGGAGCUGCGUAUUGCAAAGAUAUAUGACAGCCCUGAGAUGCCUGAAAAUGAAGCUACAUUUGCAAUAACUGCUGGUGGGAUUGGGGAUGCCAAAGAAUAGGCAGAAAACUGAUGCAAAUGUAUAGCUGCCCCUAGGCAGCUGGGAUGGAGACGUGUG